CAUCUGCCUCUUUCCGCCAUUACAUUUAGAGAAACAGGACCUAUCUUUAAACUGCUGUGAGCAAUCCCUGAUUCACCAAGAUGGUCAAGGAAGAUAGGACCACGUGGAAGUCCAACUACUUCCUGCGUAUUAUCCAAUUGUUGGAUGAAUAUCCCAAGUGUUUCCUGGUCAACGCCGACAAUGUGGGCUCCAAACAGAUGCAGAAAGUACGCCAAGCCCUUCGCAACAAGGCUGUGGUGCUCAUGGGAAAGAACACCAUGAUGAGGAAGGCUGUUCGUGGACAUCUUGAGAACAACCCAAACCUGGAGAAGCUCCUGCCACACAUCAAGGGAAAUGUGGGGUUUGUCUUCACCAAGCUUGAUCUCCUUGACAUCCGUGUCAUUCUCACUGAGAACAAGGUGAAAGCCCCAGCCCGUCCAGGUGCCAUCGCUCCUCUGGACGUCAAGGUGCCCGCCCAGAACACCGGGCUUGGUCCCGAGAAGACCUCCUUCUUCCAGGCUCUCUCCAUCCCCACUAAGAUCACCAAGGGGAGCAUUGAAAUCUUGAAUGAGGUGCAUUUGAUUAAAGAAGGUGAAAAAGUCGGAGCAUCCGAGGCCACAUUACUGAACAUGUUGAACAUCUCCCCCUUCAGCUAUGGACUGCUGGUCGAGAUGGUCUAUGACUCAGGAAGUGUAUACGAGCCAAAGAUUCUGGACAUCAAGGCAGAGGAUUUGAGAGAGCGUUUCAUGGAGGGUGUGCGUAAGAUUGCCAGCAUCUCACUGGCCAUUGGCUACCCUACUGUCGCAUCUGCGCCUCAUUCCAUCAUCAACGGCUUCAAGAGACUGCUGGCCAUUGCCGUGGAAACGGACAUCGAUUUUGAGGAGGCUAAUAUGGCCAAGGAGUACCUGAAGGACCCGUCUAAGUUUGCCGUGACUGCCGCUGCCGCAGCCCCCGCUGAUUCCGGCGCUGCUGCCGAAAAGAAAGAGGAGAAAAAAGAAGAGCCAGAAGAAGAGUCUGAUGACGACAUGGGCUUUGGGCUGUUUGAUUAAGCGCGCAGACUCCCUUGUAAUCACACAUAGACCCUGUUUGUGCAAGUGGCAGAAGAUCUGUUCAUGGCACUAUCUGUUUAUAGCUCCGAAAUGCCGGCCGCAACAAUGUUGCGAGACCAUAUGGCAUGGGGUGUUUGUUAGUGGACAGGGAACAUUGGGAAUAAAAAAUACUUGAGAAAGUAAAAGAAA